CAGAUAAUCAAACUAAUGAACAGGUUAGUUAGAAAUACACCUUUAUAAUACUGUCUACCAUUUUAAUCUGUUUGUAACAGCAUAUAUCUAACUUCCGAAUAAAUUAAUAAUUUUUCUCAUGUCUGUCCAUAGUAUGACCAAGCGUUAAUUCAACUGUCGUGUAGUUCAUCAGUCCCUUAGGUACAUAUGAACAUAAGUUUCUUGACGUCAGCGGUUUUGUCACAAAAACAAACCGCGACAUUUCCAUCUAGGCUUUAAUUUCUGAUAAUUUCUUGACUGCCAGAUCUUUGGUUAAAAAGGGAGUAGUAGUGAGUGAUGAGAUGAGAGACGCAGACGGCAGAUAUCAGCAAUAAUAGAAAACUGUUCAUACUUACUGUGGAAGUGGAUUAAAAAUUUAUGGUAGUGAAGAAAAUGUAAUUCAGUGAUCCUCUUUUAACCCAAACGACCGAGACAGCUCCGACUCGUUACUUUUCGGUUGCCUGAUAUCAGUUAACAACCUGAAUGGUAAGUAUUCGUCUGGCUCCCGAAUUUCGGUAUUAGUAGGAUAAACCUUAAGAAAGAUACUUAAUAUUCACUCGCAUUUGGUCAGCAUAUGCUACCUGUGUUUGUGGGUUAGCUGAGUGUAUUAAAAUAGUGAGUUUCAGUGAUUUACUAGGCGCAGAUUUUGUACACAAAUUAGAGCCACGUUGUUUCAGUCCUAGUGAUACUACUGCUCGGCUGCCUAAAGUAAAAUACGUCAAAUGGGGUUGAAACCUUAAGCUUGCUUUUUGGGGACCGAAUUCUUGAAAUAUUAUUCGAAUGUUUCAGAAGGCGCCUACACACGGUACAAGUGCUCAGUGUAUUACCGUACUGUCGUACGUUGACUGCAAGUUUUGUGCUACUUAAAGAACUUACUGAGGAGGAUAGUGAGGACAUAAGAUCAAUGGUUUUAUAUAAGUCAGCCGACGAAUAUAAAAACACUUGAUACAAGUUUUGGGCCUUCGGGUCAAACUUAUAUAGUGUGGCAGUUUAGGCAAGUUCUCAUAUCCUCCUGGAUUAUGACUUGUUGACUUCUCUUAUCUAUGUACCGGAUAUAUUACGUGUAUCUGAAUUAAUUACAGGGUUGGAAGAGUUGCAAUUUAAACAGAUAAAAAAAUGUGACUAGUAUCGUGAAGCCUGUGAUCUCUUUGGAGAGUUACAGGAAAGCACCGGUUUGGUCGAAAUUCACGAGAUAUCAAACAAAUGUGUAAAAUUAUUAAGUAAUACUCCACAAAAGCCCUAAUUGUUAGAGAUUCCUUAAAAUUCUUUCUUGAAAAUCCGAGUAUUCAAUCACUUUAUACUCACAAUAUUAGAUAGGAUUUAGCAAUCAACCCUUCGAAAGCGAACCUAAUGUAAAGUGAAUCAAGUAGGGUAAGAAACCACUCCUAAAGAUUUUCACGUGUUUUAGUAAUCCUUAAGAUAGCACAUAUGAUACCCUUACAGUUCGUCAUUAAACUCAGAUUUGAGGUUUAUAACUGUUAUUCGUAUGAUACAACUGCCUAUGCGUUCCGGAGGAUGAUGGAACCUUUAACCAAAUAAAUAUGUGUGAAUUUCCCCUUCUUCUUACUGCGGUCAAACGAUCUCAUUAAACAAUCAAUGAAUCCAGGACUUAUGAAACUUCAUUGUUAGCUUUGAUACCCUAGUAGUUCUAAAAUAAAGGAAACAUCUCUCAAACUUUGUGGUGUUUUUAAGCUUAGGCUAGUUGACCCGAAACCAUUAAAAUUAUUUUAUCCUACCCUUUUAAAAGCUUCCUAGAGUUGUUCGAAAUAUGAUGAUUCACUAUAAUAUCUCUGAAGCAGCACUUUCGUAAGUCUAUUUUGCUUUCUCUGGGACAUCCAUAUGCUAUGUUUACGUGGACCUAUAAAGUUAAAAACCAACUACCAUGCGUAAGUCUUAUGUUCGUAUCACUUAUCUCUCCGUUUGGUCGAUAAGUAGUGUCGAGCAUGUAGUGUGCAAACGUCAGGUAUAUCUUUACAUUUCAUUAUAUGUGAUAGUCAUAUAUUAUCAUCACUCAAUUAUUUUAAACAAUACUAUUUCAUAUUAAAAAUUUAGUUGUAGUUUUUUUAAUAUCAGUACUUCGUGUUUCAGCUUCACAUUGUUUUUAAUAGUAUCAUUUAUGCAGAUAUAGUCAGUCUUAUUGAAUAAGUUCGCUGUCAUACCUCGUUUUUGUUUGUUUGGUUGAUAGUUAUGGAAACCUUGAUACUUCUGUUCAUGUGAAGUUUCUGUAGACAGAGUGUUUAGAUUGAACCGUUUUGCGUUUGACUGAUAAGUGAAUCUAAGAAAGGAAGUUGGUUAUUCUUCUCGCCCAAGUGCUCUGGUACGACCGAGGGUGGAGAGUUCGCUUUCCCCCUCAAAAUGCUCCGAUAUGGCCAUAUGUCUAUAACCACUGCUUUCUCACAGCGGGGGUAGUGUUUACGAAAUUGAGAGGACGAAAAGCGUAUGUCCGGCAUUUGUUUCUCAACAGUAAGCUCAUUGGCUUCACUAUAACGAAUUUCACAAAAUUUUACUCAGGAUCUACAACCAUGAAAUAUAGAUUAUGGUGGUGUAGUAGCAUUCUGAGUCAUAACCUUUGACUAUUAAUAUAUGCAUUUUUAAAUAAACGUCAGCUGUAAAAAUGUGAAACCAAAUAAGUAGUGCAAGUAAACCAAAGCGCGUUACUGAAUAACCUCUCGAUAAAAUAACUAAGGCUGCAUCUGUUUGGUGUACGUUGUUUAGAGUCAGUGGUCUAGGGUUUCAUUCAUUAUGACUUUUCCUGUAUUCACUAGACCAGUUUGUUUUUAACAAGCAUGAAGUCUGUGGUAUCUAGAUCUUUAUAGGCUUUUGUAAUAUAUAAUAAUAAAUGAUUAUAUUGCUUUUCGCCUUUCAAGCUCAACUACGUAAUUCAGGAAAUAUACAUGGCGAUAUCGAAUGAAUAUACGGAUAGUACUAUUUUUCUUGAAAAGCUGAAAAGCACCAUAAUAAAGGGCAAACAAUUGCAUAAAUCCAGUCAUGAUAUUAAGAUCAAUAAUCAACAUUCGAAUACUACAAAAGGACAUAGAAAGUCGGAGAAUUGUUCUAUGCAAUCGUUUCCUCAGUCAGUAAAUAAUUAUAGUUCUCAAUUUUCAGAAUACAGAACUGAUGAGAAAAAUUAUGACUUUUGUCACUCCCAACUUCAGUUAGUUUUGAGAAUGGAAGGCAUCCGUGAUUGGCUCCAUUUAAUUGCUUCAUGUGGUCUAUUAAAUGAACUUGAUCCACCACUUCCACGUAUUUCUUCUAUAGAAAGGCAUAUACGGAUCGGAUCUUGGAACCUUAACCGCUUCGAUUUAAGUAAAGCUAAACAUCCAGGAUUCAUGGAAGUUGUUUGCCUGACCAUUUUACGAAUGAACGUCUCAUUAAUAUUGCUUCAAGAAGUUUCAGACCCUUUAGUUGCUGAUUAUCUGUGCAAUGAGCUAAAUUAUCCAUCUCUUCCCCACGUAAAACGAUGGGUUGAAAAAUUUCCUCUGUCUACUCCCCCGUACUGGAAGGCGUCAUGUUCGAUCCAACCAACUGGUUCCAUGUUCCGUGCAAAAGAGUAUGCCGUUUUUCUAUAUAAUUCUCGAUGUGGUAUUCGGAUUUCUCGGACAAGUUUAUUGGAAAAGUCUUCGAACUCAUUACCUGUUUCAAGAAAGUCGUUUACACGCAGUCCAUGUGGAGCCUCCUGCCAUAUUCAACAUAUUAACUUAGUUCUCAUUUCAGUACAUUUGAAGGCAAGUGGAUUAAGAAAUAGUCAAAUUGGCAGGACUAUCUCAGAAAUUGAAUCUCUUGGCUAUCUUGUUCAAGCUUUUUAUGAAACACAACCUAGUGGAACAUAUCUCAUUAUAGCUGGUGAUUUCAACCUCUUCCCAACACAUGAAGUUUAUCGGGUAUUGCGUGAACGUGGUUUAUGGCCAGUACUCAAAGGUGAACAACAAACUACCAUGAAUUAUUCUAAAUCCAGAUCUAACCAUUUUAGAGCAUAUGACAAUGCAUGGCUUUCUGCUAACCUCUCUUUGACUUCUGAAUCCACUAUUCGUUGGACUGGUGAUUCUGGUGUCAUAUUAAAAGGGCUCAGACAUCCUUUAAUUCCGGAGGAAACAGGGAGUGGUGCAAAUGGUCUUGUUAGUGAUCAUGCUCCCAUAUGGUUUGAUAUUCACUUAACGUAA